GAUUGAAGUCUUGGACGGUGCCGGCUUCGGUGAUUGUAAAGAGGGCAGUCCACGGUUUUUAUCUUGGAGCUGGCCGACUUGCAGACAGGAGAACGAUUGAGCAGAAAUUGACACAUUUUUAAGGUUUGGGGCUUAAAAGUAAUAUAUUAAGGCGCACCCGCACGAACCGUAAAUCAGCAGUCGUUCGGCCGGAAGUCAGCUGAAACUUACAUAAUUGAAUAAGUGUUGUGCUGUUUUGUUCCACAACUAAAGUGAGCAGAGGUGCACCGGUUCUCGGAAGAUUGGGAAUGAAACGGGUCAGUGUUUGAUAUAGCCUGGGUGUGUGUGUGUGAGUGUUUUUUUAGUGCUUGACGAGGGGUUUGCUGGCCGGUGCCGACCCGAUGCAUUUCGAUAACCCCAACGCUACUCCUGGCACUAUUGACUGAAGGCAGUGUGGUGUGGUGAGGCUAGGCAAAAAAAAUGGAAACUAGGUGAAACUUGAUGAACUGUGGCUGAUGGUUGCAAUGCUUUAAUUACCGUAAUGGAUUGAUAUUUUGAUGAACGAACGGCGCCGUUGGCGAAUGGAUUAAGUGAAUAAGUUUUGACCAGUGCAGGAAGUGAAACGAAAUGUGAUGAAGUUUACUACAUGGUUAGCUACUUUUCCGAUGGUGACAUACGUAGGUAGAAAGUUCCACUAGCCAACUGGGAGCAGAUACCAACGCGUGGGCUUCCAAGGCGCGGCGCCAUGCGAUGGGCAUAAACAUGUUCAACCAGAGUGAUGACACCUCGACAGUCGGAUCACGAUCGCGCUAUGGCUUCUAUUACUCGACGUCAUCGCCGUCAUCAUCGAUGGAAAAUCAAAAAUACCAGGAACAGACCAGUUUGUUUGGUGAUCCGGUUCUGCCGGCGACUCAGGGUACAGAUUUGUUGGAAGGAGGAGAUCUGUAUCAGAAUCUCAAGAACAACAUCGAACUGUACCAUUCGAAGCUGUACAACGAACAGGAAAAGGCACGACAGGCAGAGCGAGACCGGAUGUUCAACCAGUUCACCACCGGUAAUCAACAGCGGACCACCUCGUCGGCUACCAGCAGCAGUGUACGAAAUUCGCUGGGAAGUACCAUGACCAGUUUAGUGGAUGAAUCAAUUAGAAGGUACCCGAGGACACAGUCCGCCAGUACUGGAGUGAAUUUCGCUGGAAAUCGGCCCUCGCUGCUGGACAUGGAUCUGCUGAAACAAAACGACUGGAUCAACUAUUCGGAGUACGAGUACCAGAACAGCCUGAUACCGAAAAACAGCCAAGCCAUUGCGGAUGUGCAACAAUUUACCAAUAACAACCUUAACCGAACGAUUGAAAACGGUGUCUUCCAAAAUCCCCGAGUGGCCGCACUCCGAUCCCGGCGAAAUUCGAUGAGUGAUAACUUGUACGCAGCGUCCACGUUCAGCGGCUUCGAAUCAGUUCUGAACGUGAAACCAUCCACGUUUACCAUUUUGAGUCACGGAGCAGGCUACAAUAGUUCUACUAUUAGCACGCAACCCGAAAACUCCAAGUCCAGUGAAAACAUGAGUGAAUACGAACGAUUGCUGCGGUAUCACAGGAUCGGGGCGACGACUCCCAUCAUUAAAGACACGAUCACCACCGGAUCAAAUUUCAGAGUAUCCGAAGCACGCCAACACAAGAAACCGGCGUUCACAAUCAUCAACGAAGUUCUGCCGAAAUCUCAUUCCUUUGAUGCAACACCCAGCCCACAGCAGUUGUAUCAGACCAGGCAACGUCUGGCAGCAAAUCGGAUACUAUCUGCCUGUUCCAUCGGUAACAGCGGUUUCUAUAAUCGCAAUAUCGAGCUCUUGUCGGCCGAUAAUAUUCAUAUUCCCGCCUACCAGCGUCGAUUCAGUUAUUCGGAAGCAUCGCAAACUUCGCCGGCUCGGCGAAAAAAGUCCACCAAGAAGAAAGGAAAGGAAGCAAAACGCAAAAAGAGUAAAACGACUAUCUCCAUUGUCAAUCCCGGCCGAAAACAGAAGGGAGUCCUGGGAGUAGUAAACAAAACACUCUUAUCACCUGAAAAUAGCAACAAGUUACAUGACAAAAGUGCCAAAUUGAUAGUUACCACACCGUCAGACGAUGGACGCUCGAUAACUCCUGAAAGUGAACUGCCAGAUCGAAUCGAAAUCCCCGAGCAUUUAAUGCGAAACAUGAAACUGCUAUCGUACAAACCAUUUGGUGGUAGACCGAUGCUUUCGCCGGUUCCGGACAAAAGUUCGAUGGAGAACUCGCAAAUCGAUUUACAGGAGCAAUCCCCAGCCAAACAACAAUCACCGAAAAAGGAAAAGAGUCAAGGUUAUUUCCGGAAACCGGUUUUCAAUAUCCGUGGAUUACUUUCGCCCCGAAAACCGAAAGAACAGGAGAACUCUCCGGCAAAGACGGACAAAGGAAGUGGCGGAUUAGGGGCGAUAGCGGCAGCAGGGGCUGUAGCUUUAGCGGCUGCUGCCGCCGGUGAUAAGGAAAAGAAAGAAGAACCACCAAAACGAAAGAGGUUCAAUUUAGCUAGAGCAAUUAUUGAUUUCGGAAAGAAAUCCGACGUGGAAGAAAAACCGAAGGAACCACAACCACAGCAGAUGAAAUCGGAAGCGGCUACGAAGCGCGACGGGAACCGAAAAGACUCGGAAGGAAAUCGUGUGAGGGAUUUGAAAAAGCAAGAUAAAACAAGAAGAAGUAUGAGCCCGCGGAAAGGUGAAGAUGAUGUGCAUGAGAAACCCAAGUCACGGAAAGGAGUACUGAAAGGAGUCGCAAAGAUGUCAACGAAAGGUAGCAUUAGUAAGAAAAGUUCUGAGAAAUUAUCGAAGUCUGAUAAGGUUUCAAGCGGCAGACAACGGGAAAAGAGUGCCCGAGAUGUCAGUGGCCGGGCUGGAACGAGAGCAAGCAGCGGAAAGGCAUCGGCAAAAUCGUCUAGAGCUGUCGAAAAAAACGCAAAAGCAGGAGGUAAAACUCCUCAGAAACUGGGACCUAGUCCUAAGGGAAGACAACUCAGAAGAAGCAGCUCAACUAGUGCAAUGAAGGUAGAUAGUGUAAAGAAAGCUAGUCGGUUAUACGAGAAAAACACCAAAGCAAGCGAUCGUAGCGGAAAGUUGUCGAAGGGAGACAAAAAGACAAGACAAUCAACGGACAGUCUGUUUAAGAAAUCGGAUAGCAAAUCAGAUCUGAAAGCAGCUACUGCAAAAGAAAUACAAAAACGAGAUUCGGAGAAAUCGUUGAAAAAAAGUGACAGCAACAAAUCGCUCGGGAAGCUAAGUAAAAAAAGUGACUCGAAAAGUUCGCUGCUAGGAAAAAGAUCUGAUUCCAAAUCAAGCCUGCACCAGACUGAUAUGAAAGGAGGUAUGAGUGAAGCAGCCCGACCCGACAGCAGUGCCGGUAAUGCUGUUGGUUCGGGAACCGACUCAGGAACUCCAAAGAAUGCCUCGGCAACUCCCGUUAAGCCAGUUAGAAUGACUCCGAAAAAAAUUCUUCAGAGCAAAGGAUCACUCAUCAGCUUGCUAAGCAUGAAAAGUGGAAGCAGUCGGAAUGUAGCUGAUCCCGAAAAAGGAAUGGCCGAUGGAGGCAAGAGUGGCUCUCGACCCGGAACCGGUACAGCUAUUGGUCGGUUGAAAUCGGCAUCCGUAAGAAAUCUAAACGAAAAACCUGGCACACCGAAAAGUAGCGAUUCCGAUCUCGGUUCACGCACCAGCAUUCGUGAUAAACCUGGCAGCACCAGAACUACUCGGCGGGCUCUGAGCAAAAACAACAGUCUCAUUUCGAUGAAAAGUAUUGCUUUGGCCCGUUCCUUCACUAACAUCCACCGGCCAGCUUCGAGGGAAAACAGUGAGCUGGCAGCGAAAAACGAUCUGAUGGCACAAAUGGCCAAGGUGCAGGAAGGUUCCUUGGAACAGGAUGACGGUGAUGACACAGGAGGCGGAAAGGGCAAAGCGGGAAUCACCACGUCAGCUACUCAUGAACUGAAAGUUGCCGGCGACGGAGAAGGUCACAAGGUGCAGGAGCACAGUGGAAACAGUCACCCGUCGGCAAUGAUGCAAGGAGCGGAUGCAAAGAAUAACCUAGCAAGUGCCAAUACUGACCCGAUGACGAUGCAAAGUCGUCAACAUGGAAAUGACCCGAGCGACGAGUUUAACGAGACUGGAAAAUCGAAAUGUUGUGCCUGUUGUGCGCCCUGUUGGACCAAAACGUGCCUUCCGUUCAAGCGGUGCUUCAGCUGUAGCUCGUGCUGCGGCAAAAGAAAAACGGCCGGAACCGGUGACCAGAGCAAACAGCAGUCAAAGUCAAAACCGGACACCAAACCGAAAGCUUCCUGCUGGAAGGGUCUCAACUGCUGUCGCAGUUGUCGUCGUUCGAAAACAUCUCCGGCGGAAGCACAACCGGCGGCCACUCCGAAGAAAUCCUGUUGGCAGUCGUUGAACUGUUGCGCCAGCUGCCGUCGGAACAAGUCCCGGGAAUUAGUGCCUCGUUCAUCAAUCGACAGUGACCCCGCAGAGAAACCCUCCCGAUGUAGAUCCUGUUGGAGUAAAUUGUUGUGCUGUAGUCGAUUCCGCAAGGGGCGUGAUCAGAUGCAACGUCAAAAGAUGGAACCCGAACCGGUUGAGAUGGAAACCGUCAAGUGUUGUUUCUGCUUCAAACGAAAACGGCCCAAGUUGCAGCCAAAGCCAACAAAAAAGAAGGUGCCGGUUAAGUCCAGCUUCAACUGCAUGAGUUGCUGUAUCAUGUGUUGCCCUAAAAAGGGUGACAGCAACAGCCGGAGAACUAGCAUUUUUAGCAAGAAGCAGAGCAUAGCCCCAACGAUACCACCGGAAGAUCUACGACCGAAAAUCGACAUGUCACUCGUCGAGCAUUCCUCGAUGAUGCGUGCGGCAAUUCCGGUGCUACCGAUCUGCUUGGCUUACUUUUGUUUGGUUUUGAAUAUUGUGAUACCCGGAACGGGAACCAUUCUGUCCGGAGGUCUAUGUUUGUGUAUCGGAAAGCCACGCUUUUCUCAGCACGACUCGAUCAAGGGCCGCAUCGGUUCGUUCAUCAUCAACUGCAUCGUAGGGGUGUCCCAGUGUUUCACCAUUAUCUUCUGCGUCGUCGGUUGGGGCUGGGCAAUCUGGUGGGGUACGAUCAUGCUUCGCUUAGCUAAACAACAUCAAAAGAUAUUGGAAAUGGAAGCCGAACAGGAGGCGGCCGAAGAACAGACGACACUUUCGCAGCGAACGGGUGCCUCCAACCCACCGGUGGCGAUGGUGUCCCAGAGCAAUCGACGGGACGUUGAAACGGGUCGAUAGGUUUGUUGGGCUCGUCUGCUAUACUGUACACACCAAACAGCACAACUCCUGGCUGCUAAUGUUGCAACAAGCGAUCAACACUUUUCCGCACGAACCACUUCAACUCAUGGCGACCCGUGUAGGCCAAUUUCCCCCGUUUUUAGACCCGAUCUUUUUGUAGCGAUCCUUUCGAUGUUUGGUCGUACCGGUCAGGAUCUGUACGGAAGCAGAGCUUCGAGUCGUUUUUACUAUGUACUUUCUACUAUAUACUGUUAAACUACUCCAAACAAACGGACUAACGUUGCAAAGGGAAGAAUAAAGUAAUGACUUUUCACAUUUUACAAUAUUACACUGAAGUCUAUUGGUUUGAAUUAACUCAUCCGAUAUUCCAUCAUUUAUUAUCAUUUUCAUUGCGAUUUUUUUUAUAUAAAACUACAUUAUAUCUUAGGCUCAUUCAUAUUUUUUAUGAGAAAAAUAUAGAUACAACUCUGAAUGGUUUUUGAAAAUAGAUGAUCUUUGUUUAUGUCUCGCAAUUCAUUUGCAGGCUAAAAUGAUUACAUUAGUUUUUUUAUCAGCUUUGAUUCCAAAUACGUUUAUUAGUAUGAUUACAUUUCGAAUGCUAAAUUGUUCAUAAUUUUACUAAUCAUUCAAAUUGUUUGUCACGCGUGAAUUCUGUGCCCAUAAUGCAUUAUAUACAGGCCCGUACCCAGCAUUUCGUUUCAGGAGGGAUCCUCAGAUGGAAAAAUAAUGUUACUGAAGAUUGCUUAAGUAGAUAAUUUCUGAUGCGCCAUUUACUGGUGUUUUAACCAGACACCUUAAACUUUUACACUGUCAUUAUUACGAAUUUAAAUUAAAUUUGUGACUGUGACUGUGACCGUGAGAAGGUUAUUGUAGUACAUUUCUUAACAUUUACUGUCAUGUCAUUUCAGUCCCACAUGUCUAAGACCUUCUAAAUUCCCAUUUCUAGAGCACACAAAUCCUCAAGACUUGUGAUAG